AAAGUUUUGUAGGAAUGCUUCACGUGGUUUAUGUCAAUGUGAAACGGAUGAAUGGAAAACUAUCCACAAGGAGCUCUGGAGCUCUGUAAUGUCACCUUAUGAGGACAGAUAUGUUGACAUGAAGUUUGUUGAUAAAAUUGCUGGUUAUGUGACGGUAACAGUUGAUAAAGAGUUUCAAAGAUGGCAUCUCUUUUGUCUUGCUUUUGGUUUUGUUUUAUUGCUGUUGGCACCAGUGGUCAGCAGUUGGGUUCCCUUCUAUUAUAGCAGUUCAAUGGCUGUUGGAGUUUUUCUUGUCAUUAUUAUCCUUCUUUUUCAGGGGAUGAAAUUAUUACCAACUGGGAGGAAAAAUGUCUUCUACCUCACUUUAUAUGGAUCGGUGGUUUCUAUUUUUGUACUACUUGGGUUGUCGUUGCAGGAGCUGCUGCCCUAG